AUGUCGCAUCAGAACGUGAAAGGUUCACCGGCUGCAGUCGGUUCUCUUGCAGAAACUCCACUGAGCGGACGGACCACCCCGUCGAUGUCUUCAACAUCACAGAACAUGUCGUCGUGGACAGUCUCCAGAAGUGUCUCGUGCAAUAAUCGAGAGCCGAUUUUCAAUGCUUCGUCACAUGUGCUGCAACUACAAGUGGCCGGCCGGUCGGUGACAGUCCCUGUUCCAGUGUCUGUUGAAAGUAUUGAACCCACCGCGGAACAACCACCACCUGACUGCCUUCCUCCUCGAAUUGAGUGGGCAUACGGCUAUCGUGGAAAGGACGUGCGGAACAACGUUCACUAUCUACCGACCGGCGAACUGGUGUACUUUUGUGGUUCUGUCGUGGUGUUGUAUAAUAUAAACGAGCAGUAUCAACGACAUUACACUGACCAUACGAGCGACGUUAAGUGUCGAGUACUGAUCGCCAGUGGACAGACCACCUGUCAUCGACGAGACCGUCGACCGGAGUUUGAUCGACGAGACGUCAUCGUCACACCGUUGGAUAUCGAAGAAGAGCUUGAACAUAACCAUACUGAGGCUUACGCAGUGCAUCCAGGAGGAGUGUUUGCUCUAUGUGUGAGCCGCAAAGGGACACUGUUAAGCGCUGGCAAAGAUCGCACAGUAGCUGAAUGGGAAACGACCGAUUUGGUUCGUCGGCGGAGACCUGUCGAGGGUGACUCAGAAGACGUCACGUAUUGCGUGGCCGUGCCGCCUCACCUGUUCAUAACUGCUAGUGCUGAUGGUGGCGUUCGGCAGUACGACACAUCUACAAAGAAACGGAAUUGGCGAAAGAACUACGCGGAGGGCAUUACAUGUAUGUCGGUGGAUCCGCCAGGUGCAUUGCUAGCUUUGGGCUUCACCGAUGGAUCAUGGAGCAUACUGGAUUUGUCCACAAAGGAAAACGUAUUUGAACAGAAAGAGUCGACUCAACCAAUCACUACAAUACAGUUCUCGCCUAGCGGCAGUAUGUUGUUUGUGGGAACGAAGGUACUCUUCUUAUUAGCCCUGUUACCUUUCUUAUUCUAA